AUGAUUUUAUUUCAAAAAAAUUUUUUUAGUGAAUAUUCUAUAACUGGAUCUACUUACGAGCCUCAAGGUCAAAUUCUCCAUAGUGGCAUUCAAAUUAAUUGUGCCUCUGAUGAUCACAAAGCUUUAACUGAAUUGGCAACAAUUUGCUCAAUGUGUAAUGAUUCUUCAGUUGAUUAUAACGAGACUAAACAUGCUUAUGAAAAAGUUGGAGAAGCAACCGAAACAGCUUUAGUUGUUCUUGUUGAAAAAAUGAAUGUUUAUGAUACGCCGAAAGGUGGUCUUUCACCUCGUGACAUUGGAAAUGUUUGCAAUCGAGUAAUUCAACAAAAAUGGCAAAAAGAAUUUACUUUGGAAUUUUCUCGUGACAGAAAAUCAAUGUCUGUCUUUUGUGUUCCGACAGUUUCUAAUUCUGGUGCUCGGAUGUUUGUUAAGGGUGCUCCCGAAGGCGUUCUUUCCCGUUGUACUCAUGUUAGAAUUGGUGACCAAAAAGUUCCACUUACCCCUGCAAUGACUCAGAAAAUUGUCCAACAUUGUGUUAAAUAUGGAACUGGUCAAGAUACUUUGCGUUGUUUGGCCCUUGGAACAGUUGAUGAACCGCCAACACCGAAUGCUAUGAACUUGGAAGACUCUACUAAAUUUGGUGAAUAUGAACGUAACAUAACUUUUGUUGGAGUUGUUGGUAUGUUAGACCCUCCACGUCAAGAAGUUGCUCUUUCAAUUCGUGAAUGUUUCCAUGCUGGGAUUCGUGUUAUUAUGAUAACUGGAGACAAUAAAAACACUGCAGAAGCUAUUGGACGAAGAAUUGGUCUUUUUGGAGAAAAUGAAGAUACAACUGGAUUGUCUUAUACUGGAAGAGAAUUUGAUGAUCUCUCGCCAGAACAGCAAAGUCAAGCAUGUAAAAGAGCCAAACUUUUUGCACGUGUAGAGCCAGCACAUAAAUCUAAGAUUGUUGAAUAUCUCCAAUCACAUGGUGAAAUAACGGCAAUGACUGGUGAUGGUGUUAACGAUGCGCCUGCAUUAAAAAAAGCAGAAAUUGGUAUUGCAAUGGGUUCCGGUACUGCUGUAGCUAAAAGUGCGGCUGAAAUGGUUUUGGCUGAUGAUAAUUUUGCUACAAUAGUAGCUGCUGUUGAGGAAGGCCGUGCAAUUUAUAACAACAUGAAACAAUUUAUUAGAUAUUUAAUUUCUUCAAAUAUUGGUGAAGUUGUUUCAAUCUUUUUGGUUGCUGCGCUUGGAAUUCCUGAGGCUUUAAUCCCAGUACAACUUCUUUGGGUCAACCUAGUAACUGAUGGUUUGCCAGCAACAGCAUUAGGUUUUAAUCCUCCCGAUUUGGAUAUUAUGGAUCGCCAGCCACGUUCAGCCUCUGAAUCAUUAAUUUCUAAAUGGCUUUUCUUCCGUUAUAUGGCUAUUGGAACCUAUGUUGGAUGUGCCACAGUUGCUGCAUCAAUGUGGUGGUUCUUAAUCUAUGAGGAUGGCCCUCAAGUAAGUUAUUAUCAAUUAACACAUUGGAUGCGUUGUGAUAUUGAACCUGAAAACUUUGAUGACCUUGACUGCUCUGUGUUUAUGGAUAAUCAUCCUAAUGCUAUGGCGCUUUCUGUCUUGGUGACAAUUGAAAUGUUGAAUGCUGUGAAUAGGUGA